CGGCCCGACUGGGUUGGAGCGAGGGCAAGUCAGGGAUGCACUCUCCUCCCGUUAUGAGUGCAGCCGGUCCGCAACGGGGUCUGAGCAAUAAAGGGGCUCAGCCUUGGUUCAAUUCGGCUGCUUACACUUACGAUCCUAUCUUCAGGAAUCGAGCCGUCUCUACGUGGUCGACCCUAUCUACCACAGACAACGUAGUACUCAGCUAGUACCAAGCCAACUACUAAGUACCAGCAAUGUCCACUACCGUUCAAAAUGUAAAGGAAUCAGUCGUGGCUCUGUUCCACUGGAGAACCCGAGGCUACUAUCUCGAUGCGGAGGGUGUGCAGCGAGAGACGUGCGAAACGCCCAAGCUUCCGCCCAACCCCCUAAAGCUCAUCCGCAAGAUCACUCUCAGGAUCUGGAUCACAUACACCAUCGGCUUCCUCGCCUGGUUUGCGGAUGCGUAUGACUUUCACUCGCUCUCGAUUCAGUCCGUGAAGCUGGCAAAGCACUUCAACACCACCAAGAGCCAGGUCAGCGAAGCCAUCACUCUCACUCUCCUGUUGCGCUCUGUAGGAGCUGCCAUCUUCGGCAUCUUUGCUGACUACUUUGGGCGCAAGUACCCGAUGGUCAUUAACAUGUGGCUCCUGGGCGCCUUGCAGAUAGGAACCAUCUACAGUCAGACUUUCCAGCAAUUCCUCGCCGUCAGGGCACUGUUCGGACUGGCCAUGGGAGGAGUAUACGGAGCCGCGGCGUCUAUGGCUUUGGAAAGUGUUCCUUCCGACGCACGAGGAUUGAUGAGCGGCAUCUUCCAGCAGGGAUACUCCUUGGGCUAUGUCAUAGCUGCAUGCAUCAACCUCGCUGUGGGCGGGGACGUUGCGAGUUGGCAGACCAUGUUCUGGGUUGGAGCCGCCCUCUCCUUCUUCGUUGGCACCUUACGCCUGAUCUGUCCCGAGUCCAAGGAGUUUACGGAAUCCAGGAAGUUGAAUAAGGGUCAAGGCACAGCUGAUUUCCGCAAGAACUUUCUUUUGAUGCUCAAGACGGAAUGGGGGAUCUGCGUCUAUGCUGUGGUGCUUAUGACCUGGCUCUGCUGGAUCAGUCACACGUCUCAGGACAGCUAUACAACAUUCAUGAUCGUAGGCAAGUCGCUGAGCAAUUCGGCAGCAUCGCGCACCUCCAUCUUGAUGAAGUCGGGAGCAUGUAUUGGUGGCGCUAUCACUGGCUAUUUGAGCCAAUGGUGUGGGAGGAGGCGGGCAAUGGUCAUAACAGCUCUCCUCACCAUUUGCUUGAUACCUGCUUGGAUUCUGCCCAACAGUGAAGCGGGUCUGUCAGUGGGAUCAUUUCUUCUUCAGAUGAAUGUCCAGGGUGCUUGGGGUGUGGUGCCGAUCUACCUGGCAGAGAUCAGUCCCCCAGCAUUCAGAGCUCUCUUCAUUGGGGUCACCUAUCAGCUGGGGAACGCUAUCAGCUCUCCAUCUACACAGAUUGUCAACGAGCUUGCGGAGCGCCAUCACAUCAAAGACCACCUGGGAAGGCAAGUAGAAGCUUAUGGACCCGUCAUGGCCAUUAUGACUGCCAUCUUUGCGGGUUUGCUGGUCGUUACGGCCGCGGUAGGUCCCGAGAAGAAGGGGAUCAGCUUGCAAAGGGGACUCGCCGAAGACACGGGCCAAGCGGUGAGAGACACCUCUGUCAAAGGAGGGGGCUUGCCCUUUCCACGGACCGAGACCGCGAAUGACAGCAAGUCAUUCGAACUUCGACGCGACGUCACUGGCAGGACGGAGCUCCCCAGCAAAGUCGUCUAAUCUUGUAACGCGUGACCUCUCCAAGAGGGAAAGAGCAGCCUAUCCGCAGAUAGCCAUCCAGCGCAUACACAGUAUAGCUAUUCGCAAGUCACAGUACCGUCUUAAAUUGCUCCUCCUUGUCCAGUCUCUGAAUUGUUUACGAUGCCGAAUUGUUUACGAUGCCAUGUGCUGCUAUUGCGCCUUGUAUGUGAUUGGAGUGAGUCUGAGCAAGAUGUUACGCC